CAGCCUCUUAAAAAAGUGGCCUUCAGUAAAAAAGACACGGAUUCGUAAAACAUAUAGGAAAAAAAUCGUAUGUCGUCGCAGUUGAAACUUAAUCACGCAUUUCGAGACCUUCCAGUCGAUAUCGCAUCUUGUUUUCGCAACUUCUUACCGUUGUACUUAGCUUAACUUCACGCUGUAUUUCAGCUCUCUGGCUCGUUUCUGUCUGCUUGAAUUUACUUUAUCUUUUCUGUAAGCUGUCCUUGUUGAUUAAGUGCGAUCACACUGCCGGCAUGUAUUGACUUAGUCUAGCUCUUACACUAAUGUGCUGUCUUUUUCUUUGCGUCUGUGAAAUGCAUGCUUUCUUUGCGCCCACCCCAGCUGGUGCGUCGAACGAUUCGAAAAAAAAUUUGUAAUUGUAAUGUAGAACGUGAUAGGAAAGUAUAGGAAAGUCGUACAUCAAAUCUGAGUUUUUAUCUUUUCAACAUCACAGUAGGACAGCCAAAACAUUGAAAAUUUAGUACAAGAAGUAUUCAAAAAGAAGAAGAGGCAUGACGAGAGCAACGGCGCUCGGGCGAGCAAGUAGAUCGCCCUAAGGCGACCGAAAGCGGUUCAUCUGCGAGAGGCGAGAAACGAGGUCGGACGACUAGCAGUCGCAAAAAGUUUGCCGGUGAAGGUGAACCGCCCUAAUAGAUAUUCGCGCACCAUCGCCUAUCAGGCACCGGGGAGCUAGAUUACCCAACACAGGCAACGCAGGCAUUUCCGAAAAAAUGGGGAACGCAGCAAAUGCAUCCGCGCUUUCGCGCGAGGAAAUUCACGGGAUCGCGUCGUUCAACGAAAAAGACGUAAAAAGGCUUUACAACCGAUUUCGAGCGCUUGAUGCAGAUGGAAGCGGGUACUACAGUCAACCACGAAGUAGUCUGUUGAAUUUUUAUAGCAAUAUUCACGUUUUGCUUUGUCGUGUGGGAUAACGAUGCAUUAACUCCUAACUUGGUCUGGAAAAAACAUUGUCUGCUCCUGAUUGUGUUUAAUAUGGAUAUACAACUUGCUGCAAUUUGUACUAAAGCCGCCAUGAAAAACUGGUUAUGUGUAUCAACAUGAUCGUCCGCAACUUCAGCCAGCUCGAUCCAGCAGAAAUUUUUUCAGUAGCGGAGCUGAACGAAAAUCCCCUAGUUCAGCGGGUGAUACAAGUCUUCGACUCCGACAACAGCGGAAGUGUUAGCUUCAUAGAGUUUCUUGUCGGUCUCGCGAAGCUAGCAUCAGGGACGUCAGAAGAGCACAAACUCGAUUUCGCCUUCAACAUAUACGACGUACUUCUAUACGAACGUGUACAUUUUAUUUUCUGUUGUGUAACAAACAGGUACUGUGGUAUGAGUUCAUCUUUUUUCUCCUAACAUGAUGUGAUCUCUUUUCUCGGCACUAGAUACGCUUCAAGAAAGGCAGAAGGCACAAUCGUGCUGAUUGCCUAAGCACAAUCUCGAGGAACAAAUAUUAAACUUUACCCCUUUGAGAUGAUGAUUACCGCUCAUUUCAAUUUUUUUUCCUAAUGCAACUAUUUAGGUAAACAAGGAUGGGUACAUAUCAAACGGCGACCUCUUUUGCGUGAUGAAAAUGAUGGUCGGCGAUAACUUAACUCAGGAGCAGCUGCAGCAGCUUGUUGAUAGGCAGAUGGUACAUCUUAUUUAUUGGUACUGUAUUUCAGGCUCUUCUAAAGCAGUGACUGUGACUCGUUACGCUAUUGCUCGUUUCGGUCCAGCCUCGUUCUCGCAUAUAAGUGAUGCCUUCAUCACUUAAGGGCCUCUUCGCUGAAGUACUGCCUGCAUAAGGUAAAGGGUCACUAUCUUGCGAUUGACACAGAUAAUCAUCGGCUUACAGGGAACGCGUUUAGCUUUCGGUAGGUCUCCUUAACUGCCUCUGGGUCCCUUAAGUGCCAUGGGGGCCCUUAAGUGCCUCAGGGUCCCUUAUGUGCCUCGGGGACCCUUCUGUGCCUCAGGGUCCCUUCUGUGCCACGGGGACCCUUAAGUGCCUCUGGGGCCCUUAAGUGCCUCAGGUUUGCGUCGCUUAGGUAGUCACCGCAUGGCCUAAGCUUUGCGUCGCUUAAGUGGUGACCGCAUUGCCUAAGUUUUGCUUUGCUUAAGUGGUGACCGCAUCGCCUGAGCUUUGCGUCGCUUAAGUAGUGACUGCAUCGCCUAAGCUUUGCUUCGCUUAAGUAGUGACUGCAUCACUUAAGCUUUGCUUCGCUUAAGUAGUGGCUGCAUCACUCUAGCUUUGCUUCGCUUAAGUAGUGACUGCAUCACUUAAGCUUCGCCUCGCUUAAGUAGUGACAACGUCGCUUAAGCUUUGCGUCGCUUAAAUGCAAAUGGUGACUUCAUCACUUAAGCUCUGCUUCGCUUAGGUAGUGACUACAUCACUUAAGCUUUGCCUCGCUUAAGCGGUGAGUUUGCGCGGACUUUGAGCGGACCCGUUGAUCCAAUGCUUCAUUCUCCAGGUACAAGCGGACAAGGAUUACGAUGGGAAGCUCAGCUACGAGGAGUUUAAAGAGGCAGUAAAGAAUAUCGGGAUUGCCGAGCAGCUGUCCCUCAAAAUUUAGCGGACUCGCUGACUUCGUGACGGGAAGAAUGAGGAUUCUGCGUAUUUUCAUGUGUGUGCAUGACGCAUCAAACGCAUUACAUCUGAAGAACAAGUUCAAGUUAUUUCGCUUUUCUCAUCGCUCGCGCUUCUCACAUUUAGCAUCUUCUUCGCGGCUACUUUAUCAUUAUCUUUGCUUUGACCACUGACCAGCCACCACCUCGGCGUUAAGGCGAACAUCAUUUUUUACGCGUAUUCAGCUCAGGUUUUUGAGGCAGACUCAUUAAGUCUCCCUUUGAUUAAAAACGCACCACAAAAAAUCGGUACCACGUAUUCCUU